UCCUCUUCUCUCCCACGCACACGCAGCCUGUCCCGACACAGGCAAGCAGGCACGCACCCCUUCUCCUCGCCACUGUGCUUUUUCUGCCGGGGCCACAGAGACACGCCGCGUGAAGUCCACGACGGACGACAAAUGGAUGAAAUGACUUUCGAGAUGAGCUCUGACGCUCCCUCAUCCUUUCAGUGUUUACUUUUAGACUUGUGUCAGCAGUUUUUCAUGUUCUUUUCCUUUAGUUGACUGUCACGCUUGAAGUUGGAACUUUUAAAGAUUAUUUGAAAAAAGGAGCAGGAUAGCCAGAAGCACUUCCAGUGCUUUGAGAUGGAGCGAGAAGAAGGGAAAGUCUCUGUGUGGGUCUGCCGGGAAGAGAAGCUGGUCUCCGGGCUGACGAAGAGGACCACAUGCGCCAAUGUGGUCCAAGUCCUGCUGGAGGACCAGAACCUGCGGGAAGGUGUCUCAGCGGGGAUGCUGUCCGGACCCCCUCAGUCCUAUUGCGUGGUGGAGAAAUGGAGGGGCUUCGAAAGGAUUUUACCAAACAAGACCAAAAUCCUCCGACUGUGGAGCGCCUGGGGGGACGAGCAGGAGAACGUCUGCUUCGUCCUGGUCAAGAAUGACGCGUCGCUUCCCAACAACGGGCCCCGGAGUGCUGAAGCGAGGGUGGUCCAGCGGCGGGAGAAUUGGGGUGCCGGCGGGGUGUCCUGCUGGACCACCACGCCCUGCACCAACUUGUCCCGGGAGAGGCAAAGGCGCAUUGUGAGAAAGGCCUUCAGAAAGUUGGAUAAGAUGAACAAAAAGAAGGAGCAGGCUCUUGGUAAAGAUAAGAGUGCGGUGGAGAAGAUGGAGACUUUGGUCCACUUGGUGCUUUCUCAGGAUCACACCAUCCGCCAGCAGGUCCAGAGACUGAAAGAGCUGGAUAAGGAGAUCGAGAGCUACGAGUCGAAGGUGCACUUUGAGCGCAUGAAGAGACACGGGGUGAACUAUGUGCAGGACACCUACUUGGAGGACUCGUCCUCCUUCCCGGAAGACUGGGCGCGCAAAGUCACUCCGGAAGCACUGGCCCAGUUUGAAGAGUACGCACGCCGUUGCGAGGAGGUCGGGAGGCUGCAGGAGGAGCUGACGGAGCGAGAAGCGCUCGUCGAGAGCAUUACCGCGGAGAUCCAGGAGGAGCUCAACCGUAGGUGGAUGAAGCGACGGCGGGAGGAGAGGGGCCAAGAGGAAAAUGUGUCGCAAGUGUGCCUCUCUGCCCCACCCGUCCUCCAGAAUAUGUCUGGAGAAGAGGUGGCCUUGGAGGGGGAGAGGAUCAAAACGCAGCUGAAAACCAGCCUCUACAUUGGGCUGAGACUCAAGACAGACCUGGACGGCAUGAGGGGGGACUUGGACCUGAGUCUUGCACUUUGGGAGAGCAAGGAGACUGAACUGCUGGACCUACUGGCCAAAGUGGAAACUCUGGAAAUUGAUCAGGUGAACACCAAACUGGAUGAUGAGGAAGAAGAAGAAGAUGAUGAUGAUGAUGAUGAUGACAAUGAGGAUGAUGAGGAUGCAAAAGCAGAUAAGGGUGCAGUGGUGUCAGCAGAGAAGAACAGCAUUUGGGUGGAGCAGCCCCGAGGACUGUCAAAGACCUGCAGCGUCAACGACGAGGACUCGGACACAGGUCUGAGCUCCAUGCACAGUCAGGACUCUGACAACCCUCCUGUAUGUGAGUCUCUGGUCUAAACUGGAACACAUGGACUUGGGGCAGGGGAAUAAAGUAAACCUCAGUGCAAAGUAAUCCAUUUUAGUGUUAGCAGAGGAAGCUUGACUUUUUGCCUGACUUUUUUUUGGUUGUUGCAUGAGGCGAGUUCAAAAAGUGCCACUUCUCAGGCUACCGUAUUAAUUCUGUCACAGUCAACUGCAUAGAUAUGUAAAUUAGAAUAUUUGAAAUGGCAGGCGUCAAACGCAAAGGUGUCUAAGGCAAAACAUGUCAACUUCAUGUUUCGUGCUAAAAUCAUUACAAAUUGCAAAUUGUCUACACUUCAACAUUAAAACACUGCAAGCUUCUUCUUUUUUUUUUUUUUUUGUAACAAAACCCCCUAUGAGGCUUGUCUGUGACCUUAUUGUAAGAUGGUGUUUAAGAUUAGUUUAGCCCAGUCUAAAAAUCAACCCAGUGCAGAAAAGCCAGCUCCUCUGGCUGAGUUCAUCAGCCAAAGAAACAGCUCUGAGCGUGUCACUCGAGGCUCUGUCAGAGGUGACUGUCUCAUUCCUCUGCGCAGGAGCACUUUCAGUAAGUCAGCCUGGUCAGUGAGGAGCGCUGGUGAGUGGAACUCAGUACCUAAGGAGGUUAAACUGCUUACAACAUACAAGGCCUUCACAAAAAAACUGAAAAUGUGGCUAGUUAACACCUAUAGCUGCCAACACUAAAAGACAAGUAUGUUAUGUUGUCUUUUUGUUAUGAUCAAAAAAAUUAUGGUUUUAUUCUCUCUUAAUAGUAUAGUUUGAUUAUGUAUCCUGUAUUAUAAUGUCUUGUAGAUGUAUUUUACUGCUUUUUUACAUCAUGGCCAGGGGACUACAGAUGAAAACUAGCCUUCUGGCUAAUUCUGGCUUUUUUAACCAUGUGUACUUCAUGUGUUUUAUGAAAUUGCAUUGUCCCCUUUCAAAAAUAAACUGAACUGAACUGAAAAGUUUGUUGUUUCUUUAAAACAACUAUUGGGGGCUUUAUAAAGGACAUAAGCAUAAUAGUGGUCAUUGCAGUUGUCCUUGGUGGAAACAGUUGAAAGUUUCAUCCAUCCAAUUCUGUGUCAUUGUCUGUAAUUGUUCAGAUUCUUUUAGUUACAGUUACUUCUCUUCACUACUGACAAAUAUCAACUUCUCUCUCUACUAAUGACCACCUUGAUGCAGCUAAUUGACCUGUAUUUACAAGAAUGACAGUUGUUUUCAGUUAACAUUUUGAAUAUUUUACACCAGUUACACCAGUGAUUCUGAAAUAUGAUUAUUAUUAUAAUUUUUUUUUUUUCAUCCUGGUCUUGAAUGACCUACCAGGUCUUUACUUUUGAUUCUUACUGUAUGCACAGUAAGUCUAAACCCAUGUAACAUUAGAUUACUUCUGGAAACAGAUAUUUCCGUAAAGGUAUUUUAGGCCUUGUUUUAUUAUCCCUAAACACGACCUAUCCAUAUGUUUUGCAGAUAAGCAGACUGUUGUGUUGACAAAUCCUACAUGUCUGAUGGUUUAAUUGCUAAAUACCUUUGUAACCCCGGUAAGAGUACUAAUAUGGUUUAUGUGGCAUUAGCGGCCUUGCGUGGAGCUAAUUUAAGGGCCAUUUAGUUUGGCCACAACAUGGCAACAUCUUGCGCUUUCAUAAACGCUGGCUCUAGAUCAGCGACUCCAUGUACUAUACACUCAGACAUGCAAUCAGCUGCACUGUGACAGCAUUACACCACAUAAUUACAUGACUUGAACGUGUUGAAAUAAACAGCAAAAACUCUG